UUCCAGGAAGGAGGCAGAGAACAAAACACAACAGGAAAAAAAAAACCUGCAGCUGGUCCAACACAGUCCGCAACACUUGGUGGAGUUUGUCCAGAGACUCAGCUCAUACAAGAGAAUAAACAACCAAAUAACAGCGACAUGGAAAAGGUGAUUCAGCCAUUCACAUGUGAGUUUUAAAGGAGGGGACAUGUGAGGGAGGGAGGAGUUUAAAGUUACUGACUCCAGCUGCUCUCCACCUCACUGAUCCGGCUGCAGACGCAGGAGAGUCUGACAGCAUGAAAACACACUUUCUCCUCAUCCUGAUGUGACACAUCUGCAUCUUAUUCUAUCCCACACAUGUUCCGACCAUGAAAGCAGCUGCAGCAGCUCAGGCGCAGGAGCUCGGACUCGCAGCGACUUUGUGCAACUUUUCCUGGAGUUUGGAGGAGCUGAGAUGAGGAGCGGAGCCUGAAGAUUUUCCACACUGAGCAAGCGAGAGUGGAGACCUCCAGGUGGUCGCCAUGUCCCUGUGGAUGAUCCUUCCUGUCAGCCUGCCUGUCUUCACCAUCACAGGAAUAUGGGUCGUAUACGCGAUGGCCCUGUACAACCAGCAUGUCUGCCCCGUGAAUAACUGGCUUUAUAACGUGUCGUGUGAGGAGCAGCUUCCAUUACAGAGGGGUCCUGUUCUGUGCUGCACCCUGGACAACAUACCACUCAUCAGUAAAUGUGGAACGCUCCCACCUGAAAGCUGCUUCUUCAGCCUCAUAUGCAGCACCGGAUCCUUCAUGGUGAUGCUGAUCGGCCUGCUGCGUUAUGCUCAUGUGAUAGAGAAGCACCAGAACUGCAUCCUCAACACGGCCGGCCUCUCCACCGCGUGGAUCUGUGCCGCCGGUCUCAUCAUGGUGGGAAACUUCCAGGUGGAUUUUGCCAAAGUUCUCCACUACGUCGGAGCCGGAGUGGCGUUCCCCUCCAGCAUGCUGUUUGUGUGUCUGCAGUCGGCUCUGACCUACAGACUGGCCAAGACCCAGGAGGAGUACCGAAUAGGUCACUUACGUGUGGGGAUGGCCCUGCUGGCCCUGAUCGCCCUGGUGCUCAGUGGAGUUUUCUUUUGCCAGGAGAGCUUCGCCCUGCAGCACGCCUCCGCCAUCUUCGAGUGGAUCUACUGCAUGCUCAUCAUGCUCUUUUACGGGACUUUCGCCUUCGAGUUCUCGGGCAUGUCGGGGGACACCGUGAUGGUCCUGUCCAGAGGAGGCGGAGUGCAGAGCUUCUCCACCUCUGAGCACAAGACUGAGGUGGGCGGCGUCUCCAACCACCACCAGACGGAAAGCUUCUCCAUGCUGUAACCAAACCGCGGCCUUGCAGAGGUUCGAAGGGUCCAAAGGAGGUCAAAGGAAAGCCUGGAAGCUGCAUCCUGCGUAUCUUCACGCUCCACUUUUAUUGCACAGCCGUGGUGCCGAAGGUGUUCCUCUCAGCAGUGACCAAAGACAGACUUUUAUCCUGCUUUGCAAGAGUUCAGGCUACACUACAAAACAUUGCACAAUAUUGUUUAAGUGCCUUCUCUGAACACAACGUCCAGCACACACAUUCACAGUCCUCACUGUUUGUUUUAUUUCUCUUAAUGAAACAAUCACUCUCUGAAUUCUUGCCCCGUUAUCAGAUUGGACGCCCUGAAAGCGCCUCAGAUGUUUUGAUGGUUUAGACAUUCAGACACCGAGCUCUGUAUUGUUUCGUACUCAGGAAGUUUCGUUACAUAAUCGGCUUUUUCGCUCUUUACCUCGCUCGUAAAAAAAACCAAAAGGUGACGUUUUCCAAAAGAAACAAUAGACGGAAAGUUACUGCGUGCCAAGAAUAAUUUGUUUCUUUGAAUGUGGUUCAGUCGUUCUUAAAACAUUUGUGUUCUUAUGUGGGGCAGUUUAAGUUUUUCAAAGUUUAACUUGUAAUUAAAAAAAAGUUAUAAUAUCCACAGAAACAACUUUAUAGCAAUAUGUCAGCAGCUGCGUCAUAUCGCCCAAAUAAGCUCUGUUGUAUAUUUUGUUUUAUCUCACGUCAGCUCUUGAGUAUGGAAGACCAUUCACGCCAGUACAAUAAAUAAAUAAGAUUCAAAAACUUAGCUUCGAUAAUAAAAGUAUCCUCAUGAUAAGCUAUUAUUAUGACCUUUUAUCUUAUAAUGUCAGGUUUUAAUUCAUAAUUUUGACUUUUCAUUUAAUAAUUAAAACUUUUUAUUCCAAAGUUGUGACUUAGUUUCACAAUUUUGACUUUUCAUCUCUUAAUUAUGACUUUUUAUUGCAUAAUUAUGACUUUUAUAUCUUAAUGUCGACUUUUUCAUCUUAAAAUUCGACUUUUCACUUCAUAAUUGACUUUUUUAUCAAAUAAUUAUGACUAUUUAGCCCAUAUUUAUGACUUAAUUUCGCAAUUUCACUUUUCAUCUCACAAUUUUGACUUUUAA